UACUACUUCACCCGUUGUUUGUGCAUCUGCUACCUCUAUCAACGUGUGUUGUUAUUGCUGCUGCUGCUGCUGCUGCUGUGGUUUCUCAAUUGGACACUCUGUGUGCCACAGCCCUGCUGCUACUACUGCUACCUCUGUUUUUCAGGCCCCCCACCCUCUUUUUUCCCCACCUAUUUUCUACCCUCUCGUAUUUUUACAUCGUCCGAUAUUCCAGAAAGCAAAAUCACUUUAAAAGAUAUUCAUUCCUUCGCAAGAGGUGGUGGUGGUGAUAGUAGUGAUGAAGAUGAUGUCUAAACUUGGUCCCCCGUUGCGCCAACUGCGCCGCGCAUUCUCCUCAUCCACGGCUUUCACAUCAUCAUCAUCGUCGUCGUCCUCCUCCCCAGCCUUCUUUUCCCCGCGCGUGGAGCGCAUCAGCGUGCCGGCUCGCUCCAACGGCUCCUUCACCAUCGACGCUACGCCAAUCACGCUUCGGAGAGAUGAUCAAACAACACAGCCGUCGUCCGCUAACCGGCACCCAUGGUGCAUACGAACCGUCAAUCUCUCACCCAGUCUCGCUUGCAUCUUUCACCCCACCAAACCUGCUGCCCCCGUCAUCCUCUACCUGCCAUCUGGCCCUGUCAUCCCAGACUACCAUGAUGAAGAGCUGCGCAUCCUCACCACGCUAGCCCGCGCAAGCGAGGCUGCCAUCGUUCGUGUCAAUUACCGCGCUUCCUCAGCCCACCCGUACCCCACACCCAUUCACGACACCACCCUGGCCUAUGACUGGAUCAAAGAGAACCUCGUCCAACAUGCACCCACUGCCUCCACCAUGGGCGUGUGCGGUGAGUUGGUCGGCGCAUCGCUGGCCGUCACCCUGGGCUUGACCGAAUGCCACCACCACCGUCACCAUCGCAUCGCUGCAGUGUCAGUCAACAACCCUAUUGUAGAUUGGGUCUUUCCUCACGACCUGCCCGUUGUGCCCGUAUCAGAGCUACCUGAACCACUCGCGCCUGAGGAGACUGCGUUUCCCGUCGAGGAAGAUCCCAUGUCCAUCGCCAGCGAGGCACACCUUGCCAAACCCUCGAAACGAGCGGCAAAGUCCCCUCCCAAGACGACAUGGCAGCUUCACGCCGACAACCCCACCAUUCCCACCGUGACCUUGUUGGCUGAGCGGGAUGUGCUGUUCCGUAAACCAGAGCACUAUUUUGAUCGCUUUGCAUCCCCCAUUCACAUGUUCCGCUCCCCCCACGGCACCUUGGUGUACCCUAAUCAGAACGAUGAUUCCUUUGCGUCCCAGGAGCCCCAAGCCCCCAUCGAUCUGCAAACCCAGAUGGAUAUCAGCCACUAUGAAGCACUCGACGCUACCCCUCCUCCCCCGCUGGAGCCGCCAAUGCUGAUAAGGUGUCGCGCAUAUGCACGCUUCUAUCCACCUGCCGGCGUCCAUCUCGAUCUGCCCGCUUGGCAUGUGGCUGCAGGCAUGGAGAGCCCGCUUCUGGAUCAGGCCUCGGAAUUGUCCAAGUUACUUAGGCGCAGCGUUGCUCGUGCCGCCCUGAAAAGCACAACAGGCCGGGCACGUUGGUUUGAUGAUACUGAAAAAGCACGGUACAAGGCCCUCGCCAAUGAUAGAGUGCAGCUAGACACUCUCUCCGGCAUAGGCCUGUGGACCGAGCAGGGGCCUGGAUCCACGUGGGAAAGCAAUGUGACAGAUGUCGGACUGUGGAUGAAGGAGCAACUAAUGCCAAAAUUUUGA